GGCCUCUUGCCCGCCCGCCCGGCGCCCGCCCCCUGCCGCCGUCGCGCGCGCUACGCGCCGCCUGUCAGCGCGCCGGUCGUCCCGCCUCCGCCUCCAAUCAAGCAAAGCCAACUAAACUGCGACACAGAAAAUACCCACUGCAUUUGGCGGCCGAAUUCGAACUCUGCUCCUCCCAGCCUCCGUCCUCCAUGGCGACGCCUCCGCUCUCCUCCGUUUCCACUCACCACCGUGCCCCACCACCAUGGCCGCCUCCCAAGACUGCCACCAGUCCACGAACAAACUUCCGUUGUGGCGUGCUGGCGCCACCGGCCGGCCAAGUUAUAGAGGCGGCCGCCGCUGCUCCAAGCCCAAGAAACCCGCCCAGUCGGGUCCUGAGCUCCGACGUGAACCUGCGAAUCCAGCGCCUCUGUCAGGCGGGUGACCUCGCGGCCGCUCUGAGGUUGCUGGGCUCUGACGGCGGCGUCGGUGUGCGGAGCUACUGCGCGGUCGUUCAGCUCUGCGGGGAGGAGCGGUCGUUGGAGGCUGCGAGGAGAGCUCAUGCCUUGGUUCGUGCUGGAACUGGUGGAAUAAUCGGGAGCGUCCUUGGGAAGAGGUUAGUGCUAGCGUACCUGAAAUGCGGCGACUUGGGCGGGGCAAGGAUGGUGUUUGAUGAAAUGCCUCCUCGAGUCGCUGAUGUCCGUGUCUGGACUUCGCUGAUGAGCGCGUACGCGAAGGCUGGUGAUUUCCAGGAAGGCGUUUCGCUGUUCAGGCAGAUGCAGUGCUGCGGGGUUAGUCCGGACGCGCAUGCUGUUUCCUGUGUCCUCAAGUGCAUUGCCAGUUUGGGCAGCAUUACAGAAGGCGAGGUGAUUCAUGGAUUACUUGAGAAGUUGGGUCUUGGGGAAGCAUGUGCGGUUGCUAAUGCUCUGAUUGCGUUGUACUCAAGGUGUGGUUGUAUGGAGGAUGCCAUGCAGGUAUUUGACAGUAUGCAUGCCCGGGAUGCCAUCUCUUGGAAUUCUACGAUCAGUGGAUAUUUUUCAAACGGAUGGCAUGAUAGGGCUGUUGAUCUUUUCAGCAAGAUGUGGUCUGAAGGUACGGAGAUUAGUUCAGUGACAGUGCUCAGUGUUUUGCCUGCUUGUGCAGAAUUAGGUUUUGAGCUUGUUGGAAAAGUGGUGCAUGGUUAUUCCAUGAAAUCUGGAUUGCUUUGGGACCUUGAAUCUGUACAAAGUGGGAUAGAUGAGGCUCUUGGAUCCAAAUUGGUAUUCAUGUAUGUGAAAUGUGGUGACAUGGGCUCUGCAAGAAGGGUGUUUGAUGCAAUGCCCUCAAAAGGUAAUGUGCAUGUAUGGAAUCUGAUAAUGGGUGGGUAUGCAAAGGCUGCUGAAUUUGAAGAAAGUCUCUUGCUUUUUGAGCAAAUGCAUGAACUUGGAAUUACCCCAGAUGAACAUGCCCUUUCUUGCCUUCUGAAGUGUAUCACUUGUUUGUCAUGUGCCAGGGAUGGCUUGGUAGCUCAUGGAUAUCUAGUAAAAUUGGGUUUCGGGACACAGUGUGCAGUUUGCAAUGCACUGAUAUCAUUCUAUGCAAAAUCCAACAUGAUUGACAAUGCAGUCUUGGUGUUCGAUAGAAUGCCUCAUCAAGAUACCAUUUCUUGGAAUUCUGUGAUUAGUGGGUGCACUUCCAAUGGAUUAAACAGUGAAGCUAUUGAGUUGUUCGUAAGAAUGUGGAUGCAAGGACACGAGCUGGACUCAACUACGUUGCUAAGUGUUUUGCCAGCUUGUGCGCGGUCACACUAUUGGUUUGUAGGAAGGGUGGUUCAUGGUUACUCGGUCAAAACUGGAUUGAUUGGGGAGACAUCUCUUGCAAAUGCUCUUCUUGAUAUGUACUCAAAUUGCUCAGAUUGGCAUAGCACCAAUCAGAUAUUCAGAAACAUGGCUCAAAAAAACGUGGUGUCUUGGACAGCAAUGAUCACAAGUUAUACCAGGGCUGGGCUGUUUGACAAAGUGGCUGGGUUACUGCAAGAGAUGGUAUUAGAUGGUAUCAAACCUGAUGUAUUUGCAGUCACGAGUGUCCUUCAUGGUUUUGCUGGUGAUGAAUCUUUGAAACAAGGCAAAUCUGUCCAUGGGUACGCCAUCAGAAAUGGAAUGGAGAAGCUUCUUCCUGUUGCAAAUGCACUUAUGGAAAUGUAUGUGAAUUGCAGGAAUAUGGAAGAAGCACGGUUGGUUUUUGACCAUGUGACAAAUAAGGAUAUAAUCUCAUGGAAUACACUAAUAGGAGGUUACUCCAGAAAUAAUUUUGCCAAUGAAUCCUUCAGUUUGUUCAGUGACAUGUUGCUCCAAUUCAAACCCAAUACAGUGACCAUGACCUGCAUCCUUCCUGCUGUUGCAAGCAUUUCAUCUUUGGAGCGAGGCAGGGAGAUACAUGCUUAUGCACUUCGAAGAGGAUUCCUGGAAGAUAGUUAUACAUCCAAUGCGCUUGUGGACAUGUAUGUUAAAUGUGGUGCGUUACUGGUAGCUCGAGUUUUGUUUGACCGGUUGACUAAGAAGAACCUCAUAUCAUGGACCAUCAUGAUUGCUGGAUAUGGCAUGCAUGGUUGUGGAAAAGAUGCUGUUGCCCUCUUUGAGCAGAUGAGAGGCAGUGGUGUUGAACCAGACACGGCCUCUUUCAGUGCCAUAUUGUAUGCUUGCUGCCAUUCUGGUCUUACAGCUGAGGGGUGGAAAUUCUUCAAUGCUAUGCGAAAGGAAUACAAAAUAGAGCCCAAACUGAAGCACUACACCUGUAUUGUUGACCUGCUUAGCCAUACCGGAAAUCUGAAGGAGGCCUUUGAGUUCAUCGAGUCAAUGCCGAUUGAACCUGAUUCAAGCAUUUGGGUAUCAUUGCUGCACGGAUGUAGAAUUCACAGGGAUGUCAAGCUUGCGGAGAAGGUAGCAGACAGGGUUUUCAAGCUGGAACCUGAGAACACAGGGUACUAUGUUCUUCUUGCCAACAUCUAUGCUGAGGCUGAGAGAUGGGAGGCUGUCAAGAAGCUCAAGAACAAGAUUGGUGGUCGAGGGCUCCGUGAGAACACUGGCUGCAGUUGGAUUGAGGUCAGGGGCAAGGUUCAUGUCUUUAUCGCUGAUAAUCGGAAUCACCCAGAAUGGAACAGGAUUGCAGAGUUUCUGGAUCAUGUUGCCAGAAGGAUGCGGGAAGAAGGUCAUGAUCCUAAGAAAAAGUAUUCUCUGAUGGGUGCCAAUGAUGCAGUUCAUGAUGAGGCACUAUGUGGACACAGCUCAAAGCUCGCUGUCACAUUCGGUGUGCUGCAUUUACCGGAAGGGCGGCCAAUCCGUGUGACAAAGAACUCAAAAGUCUGCAGUCACUGCCAUGAGGCUGCCAAGUUCAUAUCCAAGAUGUGCAACAGAGAGAUCAUUCUGAGAGAUUCAAGCAGGUUCCAUCAUUUUGAAGGAGGCAGAUGUUCUUGCAGGGGGCACUUCUGAAAGAAACACCAGUCAUGUAACUGUGGUUUUGUUUGUUCAUUAGCAGAGAGCACAUUUAUUGCUACUAGCAGUUCUAGCACCACCAUAUAGCCUGCAUGUGUAAUGAUUUUCCUUUAUAAAGAUGAAGAGAUGACAUUAGAACGAUGAGGGAAGAGACCUUUAGAAGGUAACAAUUUUGUGUGUUCAGGAAAUAAAAGCUACUGUCCAUAGAAAUGUAAAGAAAUUUAAUAUAUAUAAAAGCAUUUUGGCAUCUUUUACUGAAAA